AUGAGUAUUUGGUAUUCUUUUUGUAAUAUUUUUGGAUAUGGUGUAAAUUUUCAUGUUAAUACUGCUGCUGAAUGUUUAUUAACUUUUGGUUUAUAUAUGUUAAGUUUAAUAUUAGUAGUUACCUAUACUGCAAAUUUAGCAUCUUAUUUAACAAUAUCAAAAUCAAAAGAUAUUAUUUCAGAAAUAAACAGCUAUCGAAAUUAUUAUCCAUUAAAAUCUCAACAAAACUUAUAUGAUAGUUUACUUGCUGGGAUUAUUGAUGCAUCUUUUAUGGAUAAUGGUGUUAGUGAAUAUAUUACUAAUAAUAUUUAUUGUAAUUUAACUUUAGUUGAAGAUGAUUUUGAAAAAGGAGUUUUUGGAAUUGUUACACCGAAAGAAUGGUUAUAUACUAAAGAUUUAGAUGUUAAUAUUUUAUUAUUAAGCGAAUCAGGUCAACUUGAUGAUUUAAGACAAAAAUGGUUUCAAAAACGAAACUGUCCUAAUUUAAAUGAAAUAACAGUUUCCAUGGAAAUUAAUUCAAUGAAUGGAUUAUUUUUAACUUUUGCAUUGAUUACUUUUCUAUCAUUAUUAUUAUUUAUAUGGUCGAAACGAUUUAUCAUGAAAGAUAAUUUAUUUAAUCUACUACAUCGAAAGGAAUUCUCAUUGAAAAAGAAAAUCAAUAUGAUAAAGCACUCAAGUAAAACAUCAGACUAUACUAGAAACUCUGUAAUACCUUCACCGACUAUUAUACAAUUUUCACCAUAA